CACCAGUUAAUAAUUAGCUGUUGCACACCGUUUAAAUAAAAGUGCAAUAAUCAAGCAAAAUUAAUUCAAGAAAUCUAACGUUGGUGACAAAACAUCAAUGUUAAUCACAAAAUGGUCUUAACAUGUUUCAUUGUAUGUUGGUUAAUUAGCAAUUCUAACGCUUACGAUGCCUUCUACAGCGUUGAGUUAGAAACUACACCAUAUUUGCAGCCCCUGUCUUUUAAUCUACAGAACGACAAAACUGUAGACACAGCUCUACGCUCUCAAAAGCAAUACACGAAAGUGCAACAACUCUUUGAAAUUGUUAGCGAAUGGAGGAAAUUGGAUUUUGAAUAUAGAACGUAUGAGCAAAGACAGCAGGCCAUAAUAAACCGUGAGUUCAUUGUAGAGCAAUCUUUGCCGCUGGGUAUCGAUAUUUAUCAAAAUCGAAUAUUUAUAACGACACCACGUUGGAAAGAUGGGGUGCCGGCAAGUCUGGGGACAAUACCGUACCCACCUUCUGAAAUUAGCCCUGCUCUUAAGCCGUAUCCUAAUUGGGAGGCGCAUAGCAGUUCCUAUACACCGGAUUGUGAUAAGCUAAUAUCCGUUUAUCGAACUUAUGUUGACGUUUGCCAGCGUUUAUGGUUGAUUGACUCGGGAAUAGUAAACGCGACUAUGGAACGCAAUCAGAUAUGUCUGCCAAAAAUUGCGGUCUAUGAUUUGACAACUGACCAAAAAUUGUUCAGCUAUGAAUUUCCAUCAGAGCAUGUAAAAGAAGAUAGCUUGUACACAAAUAUUGUGGUUGAUGUUGCCUCCGAUCGCUGUGGAGACGCUUAUGCUUACGUCACUGAUGUUUGGCGUUUCGGAAUUGUUGUUUAUAGUUUAGGCAAAAAUCGAAGUUGGCGUGUAACAAAUUUUAAUUUCUUUCCGAAUCCAGCAGCCUCAGAUUUCCAGAUAUACGGCCUGAAUUUCCAAUGGCUAGAUGGCGUAUUUGGUAUGAGCCUUUCUCCUUCUUCCCUUCUCGGAGCGGAGCGGUUCCUAUAUUUUCAUCCUAUGGCCAGUUUCAGGGAGUUUAUGGUGUCAACUGCUUUGUUGUAAGAUGAAAGUGUUUGGCCGGACAAAGCUCAAAAAGUAGCCAAGGCCUUUAUAGAGAUUGGGGAUAGAGGGCCCAAUAGUCAGUCCUCCACAUCCGGUAUAGCGCGUAAUGGAGUAAUGUUUUUCACUCAAGUACAUUUAGAUGGUAUUGCCUGUUGGGAUACGGCCAAAAGCUAUAGUAGGAACAAUUUACAAAAGCUUUUCUACAUAAAAACUAAUAAUGAGUCUUCACCUCUGAGUAGCUUAAUACAAUUCCCCAACGAUUUGAAAGUGGACGGAAACAUGGAUGUACAGAGUGUAUGGGUGGUAAGCAAUCGCUUGCCCAUCUUUUUAUACAGUCAGCUGGAUUAUAGCGAUAUUAAUUUUCGCAUACUUCGCGCUAAUGUUAGCGAAUUAGUAAAGGAUACAGUAUGUGAUCCACUAUAAGAGAUGAUCAAUUUCAUCAGCUCAAACACAAGCACAGAGGAUCACUGCCAUCAAACUUUUACAAAAGAAAACCGAACCCCGUCGUGAAAAAAUACUUUUAUAAAAUUUAAGAAAACCUACGUGUUAAAGUAACUUCUUUAUUUAAGGUUUAUCAAUAUGAAAUUCAAAUGUGAAUCGUAAACCUCUUGAAUUCUAAUGUUACACAUAAAAUAAUAUAUU